UUUUGGCGGGAACGUGAGGAGUGAAGUUGUGUGAUUUGUUUUAUUUUGUCUAUUUAGUGUUUCUUCGGGUUUAAAUGUGUAAUAAUGGUGGUUUAUUAAGUGUUUAAUAUCUGUGAAAGUGCGCAAAUGUGGAAAAAUGAAACAAAGCCGCUGGACGUAACUUCUCGGGAUCCUCCAAAAAGUCCACUGAAAAAAUCUUAGUAAAUGACCACCAUUUUACUGAGAUUAUAUUUCAUCCCAUUUCAUUUCAUUUAAUUUCAUCCCGUUGAUUAAUAUCUCAAAUUAGUCGUCUUCAUUAUUUCACUCCAUAAUAUUAUUUUUCAUAAAAAUUGAAUAUAAAUUAAAAUAAGACAUGACUUAAAGGUCUCAGUUCCCUUAAAAAAAAAGUGUUGCAACAUUGUUCCUACUUUUAUUUUUUAGAGUUGUCAAAAGCUUGGGAGUAGGGAAGGUCUUUUUAAUUUUUUGUGAUUUUGUUUAGAGUAUUUAAUUUAUUUAAGUUCGUUUCGUAGAUAAUGGUCAUCCAAGAUGAUGUCUGAUCAGUUUAGGAAAGUAGAACCAUAUUCGCCAAAAUCGUCGCCGAGGGGUGCGAGGUCACCAGUCGUCUCUCGCCAAGAUUCUUCUGGUACACUCAAAACUACUAUAUCCUUAGGCAAAAACCCGUCUAUAGUGCACAGCGGACCAUUCUAUUUGAUGAAAGAACCCCCGGGAGAAUGUGAACUGACAGGCGCUACAAAUUUAAUGGCCUACUAUGGACUUGUACAUUCUUACAGUAAGUUUAAUGGCAAAAAGCUGAAGGAAUCCCUAUCAUCUUUCCUUCCGAACCUGCCGGGCAUCGUUGACGGACCUGGGCAGGACGAUAACAGUACUCUAAGUUCAGUUAUAGCUAAGAGACCAAUUGGUGGUAAAGAAUUACUGCCAUUAACUAGUGCUCAGUUGGCAGGUUUUCGAUUACACCCUGGCCCACUUCCUGAGCAGUACAGAUAUGUGAGUGCAACACCACCAAAGCGACAUAAAAGCAAACAUAAGAAACAUAAGCAUAAAGAUGGUGCACCUCCUGGGCAAGAGACACCUUUACAAGAUUCAUCAAAUCCAGACACAUAUGAGAAAAAGCAUAAGAAGCAAAAACGUCAUGACGAUGAGAAAGAACGAAAGAAGAGAAAAAAAGAGAAAAAGAGAAAAAAGCAAAAACACAGCCCUGAGCAUGGAGGCCUUACACCAAACCAACAUCCAUUACCGUAAAUAUAAGUGUACAAGUAGGUUUAAGUCGAAUAAUGAGCCCAAAGAGAGUAUUGUACUAAAGAUGACUAAAAAUUAGUAAUUCAUUGUGUUCUAGUGAUAUUCCAUUACUAGUGAAAUGUACCUCUACACUUUGUUGUGCAUAUGACUAAAUGUAUGAACGGCACUCAUUUGUUGAAACUACACGUGCUAUCUAUCAUAAGUUGAUUGUAAUACGAUGGAAUGUUGUUAACAUUUCAUUAAAGUGGAAAGUUUUCCUCAAUUGGUUGAAUGGUAUAAUAACACAAGAAGAAUAACAUACAAUUGGUUGUGGCCUAAAGGAUAAGACGUCUGGUGCAUUCGUGUUAAGCGAUGCACUGGUGUUCGAAUCCCAGGCAAGUACCAAUUCUUUUAAUGAAAUACAUACUUGACAAAUGUUCACGAUUGACAUCCACAGUGAAGGAAUAACAUUGUAAUAAAAGUCAAACCUGCAAAAUUAUAAUUUGCGUCAUUACUGGUGGUAGGACCUCUUGUGAGUCCGCAUGAGUAGCUACUACCAGCCCGCCUAUUUCUGCCGAAGUAAUAAGUUUCGGUUUGAAGAAUGGGGCAGCUGUUGUAACUAUACUUGAGACCAUUGCAUUUAUGUUACAUCCACCCAUCUAAGCAAUAAAAUAAAAAAAAGAGUAGAUUUAUCUGAAUCUAUAUUUCUUCAUUAUUCAAUGGGGUGUAUAUGUCCAUAAAAUGAAGAAAAAACGAAGUUUUUUAUCACAUUUUAAACCAUAAUAAGAAAAAUGAGGUUUGCAAGACUUUUGUUUUUAUGAAAUACCUAAAAUUGCUAGUCAGGCAAUGUUUUAAACUUAUAGCUAAUUUAUUAUCUUUACUUCAUAGUAAUUACUUUUGAUUCUGAACUUAAGAUUUCUAGUAACUUCUACUUGGCUUUCAACAGGUUCGAUUGCAUGGUAGAUUUAAUAAGAUUUUGUUAUGCUAAGUUACCUAAUAGAGUUAAAAUGCCAUGAUGGCAAGCAACAUUGUGUUAAGUUGACCACUUUGAAAGAAUAAUCACAUCAUUCUCAAAUGUUUCUAAUGCAAACAUUAGGAAUUUAUUAAAAAAUAUUACUAAUUAAGAAUUAAAUUUCUGAGCGAAUUGCCCACAGAGUGACAUUAAAACAAAAAUAUUGUUACUGUUGAAUUCCAUGAGGUCUCUUCCAUCUCUUUGGGCUCGACUCAAAGUAAUGUAUUUAAUUAAUAUUUAAGAAUUUGUUAUAAGAAAAUCGUUCUGUUUACCAAGUUAAGCUAAAUUUAAUGUUUUUUUUUAUUAUUAUUUAGAAUACAAUAAAACACACCUGUGUAGGUAGCUGCAGACGAAAAAAUAUUGCAGAAAUCUCUAAAAUUUUCUGAAGCAAAUUUUAGGAAUAAAUGAAAUUGAAAUUUUAAGAAUUACAUAUUUAGUGGUAGGACUAUGUUCUUUAAAAUUUGCUUCGGCAUCAAUAUAAUGUCCUGUUAACCUGAUAGUGUAAUUGAUAAUUUUGUUUUCUUUUUACCACCCUUAUAGAAAUAAAAUUUGAUAGAAAGACAUUAUUUAAA